AUGGAGUUCAUUCGGAAGGAGCAAGUCAGCAAGGACCAAAAGGGGUCACGGAGUCAGUCUUCGGGAUCGGCCCUGGUAGUGGGAGCGGGGAUGAGUCUUCGGGCUUUGAAGCGUACCCAUUCUCCCAAGAAAACCUCAAACGUGUCUCCAGCGACUUACUUUGGGGCAAGACGCCUGAAUCAAGCGAAUGUUGGAGGGAAACCGGCGGGUCAUGUUGAAGCAAACUUCAACAUGGGACCAAUUUCUGAACUUGUGGACCACAGGCAGGAGGUGCAAUCGGGAUUCAUUCCUGGUGGAGGCAUGCCGAACAAGAUGUACAUUUAUCCUGGGCCGCAGGUUGCAAACAUGCCGGACGCGCAACAUCGAAAGCUGGCGUUGUAA